AUGCCAACCGUCCAGGUCCCUCCUUCUACUGUAGACGACUUUGGCAGAAAUAAACAGGAACUUCUGCAGUAUGUGAAGAAUUUUCAACCUCAAAAUGAAAAAGUCGAAGCCAUCAGAGUUUUACUCCAUGGACCAGUCGGUGCAGGAAAGUCCAGCUUCAUCAACUCCAUCAACAAUGUUCUGCAAGAGAGAAUGACCCAGGAAGCUUUAGCCAACAACACAAUCUCUGAUAAUAGUUUCACAAAAGAGUAUAAAACACAUAAAUUUAAAGUCAAAGGAGACUUUUAUCCCUUUGUGUUCAAUGACAUUAUGGGUCUGGAGGAAAAAACUGGAGUCAGACCAGACGACAUCAAACUGGCCUUGAAGGGACACGUGAAUGAUGGUUAUAAGUUCAAUCCUGUAGCUUCUCUUUCUGAUGGUGAUCCUGGCUUCAUCUCUUCCCCGUCCAUCAAUGACAGAGUUCAUGUUCUGGUCUGCAUUUUCGAUGUUAAUGCAUCAGAAAUGAAAUCGUCUGUUUUACAGAAAAUGAGGGAAAUCAGAGAAGCAGCCAGUGAGCUGGGAAUCCCUCAGAUGGCGAUUCUCACCCACAUUGAUGCAGCCUGUGAGGAAACAGAGAAAAAUCUGAGAAACGUCUACAGGAGCACACAUUUAAAGAAAAAAAUGGGUGACUUCAGCUCCAGGCUGGGGAUCCCAAUGAACUGCAUCCUCCCAAUGAAGAACUACAGUGAUGAAACUGAGCUGAAUCCAGACAUCGACGCUCUGAUCCUGAGUGCUCUGAGGCUGAUGAUUGACUUUGGAGACGACUACACUGACACACUGUGAAGAUACAGAACUGUUUGUGGGGAUGUGCAUGAAAAUCAAAGUAGCAGUAUUGUUUAUAUUAGUGAAAAAUUAUCUAACACCAAAUUAUAUAAUUUUUUCAUUUAAAAUUUACACUAUUAAAAA